UGCCGAGGGGAUGCGGAUACCAGUCUAGUCAAGAUGAUCGUGUCAAUUGUUCAGUCGGACAGACCCAGCAUGUCAAUGCGAGUUCCUCCGAAGAAUAAUAAUGAAAGCCACGAGUUCGACUCGUGCGUGUGGAAUUUCAGUAACACGCGAAGACACUCGCGUAAUUCCUGACUUACCGAGCAGGCUGGGAUAAAAGGUUCCAAUGAUAGCAAGGAGGUAGACGAUUCAGAAGAACAAGAGUUUCAAUCAGUAUGCCUGACAACGACCUGUCGCGCUCUUUUACCAUGUCAAGAUUUUCGCAGAGAACCUACCAACCUAGUGUUGACAGGGAACUCUUUCAAGUGCUGCAAUCAGAGGCAGUGCACCUUGAAAGGAAGGAGAUAGAACUUGUAUCGCAAAUCAAGGCGCUCUCGGAGGUUUUGGUUUCCGUUCGUAGCACGCUAUCCACAAUACGCGUUCGAGCAAGCGAAUGUGCAAAGCGCAUUUCUCCAGCUGCUCGCCUGCCCGAUGAAACUUUGCUUGCAAUUUUUGAGGAAGCAGUUUCAAGCCAGGACGUGCGCUCACGGACAAGGGCUGAAAGCACGAUAUCGCGUGUGUCGCAUCGUUGGCGAAGGAUAGCUCUGCAUACACCCCGGCUGUGGACACGGGUCUGUGUAACUCCUGACACGGACGAGCGUGACAUGCAGCUACACCUCUUGCGAUCCGCUACUCUUCCUCUUGAUGUGGAAGUCUGGGGAUGGUGGGAUUAUCGAGAUUCUUUCACUAGGCCUCAUCACUUCGAACAUACCCUAGCCGCAAUCCUCCCGUCUGCGUCUCGUUGGCGUCGUAUAAAAAUUGGCGCGUCCUGCGACGCCCUUCUCACGAAUCUUUCCUUUAUUCUGCGUACCGUGGGACCUUUAGACACACUUCAGCAAGUUGCCUUUAAAGCCCAGCAGCCCGGGCAGAUAUGUCCGACAACUCUCCUCAUGGGAAAAUCAGCACCCAAUCUCCGGUCCAUUGAUGUCGAAAACAUUGUUCUUACAGCGCGUUCCCCUUGUUUACACAAUCACGAUUUCGACUGCUUCAUUGAUGUAACCCAUCUUACUCUUCGACUCCAUGAAGGAGAUGCGAGGGCCCUAAAGACUACGACGGAACUCCAAGGUUUCCAUGCGUUGCUUUUGCGAAUGCCCAAUCUAGUCUCCCUUUCUCUCUACGGAGAACUUGUUUGUGUCAGAUCGGCUACAAGCCUCGAGGACCAGGCCAACAUCACGUUGCCUCGUUUACAGACGUUAAUUCUUCAUCCUAAUACUGUCCGGCCUCGCUGCCUGCGGAACAUCAUCGCGAUGGUAAUGGCACCAGAUCUACGGCACUUUGAGCUUGUCUACCCAGAUAGCUUUACUCAAGGCCAGGACAUCUCCGAUCUACUUCUCAAAAAGGGAUGUGAACAACCUACACCUAAAUUCCCCCUAGUUGAACGUCUUGUGCUCAACAAUGCCGUCAAUAUAACUUCGGCUGCCGCAUUCAUCCAGGCCUUCCCAGGAGUAGAUCAGCUGACCAUUUCUGGCGCCGACGUCGGGAUUUUCAAUAUGCCAACUGGGGAAGUGAUAGGAGGAAGUUGGAGAACCAUUACAAGACUAAUAUUGCGGCCUUCCCAGCGAGAUCGUCUGACCACGGUGGUCGACUGGCUAGAUGCUGUAACUAAAAAUGGCGAACUUCAAGCGCCGUUGGUCCGGGGGCCAAUGACCGACUGUCCCAUUAUGUUGCACCUCUAUGAGGAGCUCAAGCGAUAUACUGAAAUCGAACUGCUUGAUAUGGCCUCAAAAUAGCUCUCUGGAUAGCCCGAGGAGGAUAAAACUAUUUACAGAUGUAUGUGCGAGAAUGCGUUUCUUUUCGGUACAUACUAGUAUGCGAACAAAGUAUCGUACUUCGUUAUCUAAUUUUGUGGGGAGGGUGCGGCAACCCAAAGUAAACAUGACGUGACGUGAAUGAAUCGUUAUAUGAUAUCGUAAAUCAUGCCUCUUUUCCAGGAUUUCCCGGAAGUUUGGCGGAU